AUGGCUGGAGACAACUCCGCGGUCAUCCUUGCAGUGUCCUGGGUGGAGACAUGUAUUGGUUUGAUCUUUUUUGGACUGCGAUUUCUGAGUAAUUGGAAAUUUGUAAGACGCUUCCGAUGGGAUUUUGCUAUCGCUGGCCUGACUGUGGCGACCGAGACCACCGCUCAGGUCUUCCUCCAGCUGUCGGUCAAUGCUGGCAUGGGCCACCACAUGAAUGAUCUCUCCAAGCCGCAGAGAGUCACCGCGCUGAAAUGGUCAUGGGUGUUUCAAUUGCUCGCAAUCGCAGCGAGCAUGAUGGGAAAACUUGCAAUUCUUGCUUUUCUAGUGCAAAUUCGGGGCCGUCACGAGAAGAAGCCGUGGUUGCUAAUUGUGCUCGGGGUUCUCAUCGCCGCGAUCAACAUUGCAGUACUUGGAACGAUCUUGGGGCAGUGUAGGCCAAUGCCCAAGCUAUGGGAUGACGACAUUGAGGGAACAUGCGACCCGGGGCGCAAAUUGAACCAGAACUAUUCGUUUUUCCAAGCCAGCUUCAACUCAUUCUCCGACGCCUUUUUAGCAUCGUACCCUAUCCAUCUCUUUUGGAAGCUUCAGAUGAAGUUGCGAAUCAAGGUUGCGCUGUCGAUAUUGAUGGGAUUAGGAUGGCUGGCUGCAAUUUGCUCAGCGAUCAAAACAUACGAACUGAAAGCGUUGACCGAGACGACAGAUAUUACCUGGGCUCAAUCCUCCCUUCUCAUUUGGGCCUCCACGGAAGCCUGGAUCGUCAUCGUCGUCGGCUGCGUGCCACCCAUCCGACCACUCAUGGAGAGAGUUCUUCAACGCCUUGGUCUCACUUCUAAGAAGACGUCGACUCCAUACAAUAUCCGCGGAUCAAGUGGGCAUGUAGCAUAUGGUACCAACAAGUCGAACCCCACGAACCAUUCCAACUUCAGAUCGAACGCAUACGGAGGGCGCAAUAGAUUACAAGAGGAGGAAGAAGACCUGGGGUGGAUGGAGCUCACACGGCCCGCGGGCCCGAAUGAAAGCAAAGAGCAAAUUGUUGGCUCUAAAGAUGUGGUUAUUACCACGGAUAUCAUGACUCACUUUGAGGAUGUGGACACUCAUGGGGGUCCAUCGUCUACCGAUAGCACUGUAUCUGGGGAGGAGUUAAUUCGUGAACAUACCCAGGAUGCCCGGAGGGUUGUAUAA